GGUACGCAAUGUUACGGAAGAAAUGGAUGCUAGGGAGAUGUUGAAGUAUUUUACACGGAUGAAGGAAAUGAACUCUGAUUUUUAUUUUGAUAUUGAACUUGAUCAAAACAAGCGUCUCAAAACUAUAUUUUGGGCUGAUGCUCGAAGUAGAGCAGCAUAUGAGUACUUCGGUGAUAUAGUUUCGUUUGAUACUACUUAUAAAACCAAUCGUUAUGAUAUGCCAUUUGGUUCCUUUGUAGGGGUUAAUCACCAUGGUAACUCAGUACUUCUUGGGUGUGGUUUGUUGACUAAGAAAAAUUCAGGCUCGUUUACUUGGUUAUUUAAUGCUUGGCUUACAUGUAUGCAUGGAAAGGCUCCUAAAGGCAUUAUAACAGACCAAUGCCUCGGAAUACGAGCUGGAAUUGAGAAUGUGAUGCUAGAGACACGUCAUAGGUUAUGCAUUUGGCACAUUACGAAAAAGAUUCCAGAAAAAUUCAAAAGACACAAGAGAUAUGAAGAGUUACAAAGUGAUUUAAAUAAUAUUGUUUGGGAGUCUAUUUCAGAAGAUGAUUUUCAAAAUCAAUGGGAAGAUUUUCUGAUUGAAUAUGGUUUAGAAGAUAACAAAUGGCUAUCAGAUAUCUAUGAAGAAAGACAUCGAUGGGUUCCAAUUUUUCUUGACAACUUUUUUUGGGCUGGUAUGAGAUCCACACAACGAAGUGAGAGCAUGCAUUCAUAUUUUGACAAAUUUAUAAAUAACAAGAGCUUGUUGAUUCAAUUUGUCAAACAAUAUGACAAUUGCCUUGGAUGGAAAGAGCAACAAGAAAGGGAGGCUGAUGUUGAAGACUAUAAAUCAAUAAUACCUUGUGCCACUAAUUCCUUAAUAGAGAAGCAAUUUCAAGGUGCCUAUACUAAUGCAAAGUUUAAGGAAGUACAAAAGCAAUUUAGAAAGAAAGCAAAUUGUAUUUUGCACCUUAUGAAAGCAGUUUCUACAUCUAAAGUCUAUUCUAUUUUGGAGGAUGUAUCUACUUCUAAAGAGAGGGUUUAUGAAGUUAACUACAAUGCGGAAACGAAGGAUAUUACAUGCAUGUGUCAAAUGUUUGAAUCAAGAGGCAUAUUAUGCCGUCAUAGCUUGGUUGUCCUAGGGCAUGAACGCGUGAGAGAAAUUCCAAGAAGAUACAUUUUGGACCGUUGGAGCAAACUUGUGAAGCGAAGACAUAGUGAUAUUAAGAGCAGCCAUGAUCCAAGUUUGUUGAAUCCAAAAACAGAGAGGUUUGAUGAUUUAUGCUCCCAUUCGAACAGUGUUGCUCAAUUUGCAUCCCAAACAAAGGAAACAAGUGAUAUCUUACAUCGUUAUCUUGAUAUGGCUAUGGCGGACUGUCAAAAGCAUGUUGCUAACUCAUCAUCUAAUGCCAAUGAGUUAGAUAAUUUGCUUACAUUAGAAGAUGGUGGUAAAGAUGGUGGUAAAGAUGCACUGUCCAUUUUUAUAGGAGGUUGUAUAAUAAGCAUUCAAGAUAUUAAAAGCCCUCCUUAUGUGUUCACUAAGGGUUGUCCAACAAAUAGGUUAGGAUCUGAAAAAGACAAGAUGAUAAAAAAGAAGACCGAGGCAAAGAAGAGGAAAAGUGAGAUAACCGAAAAAGAGGAUAAUCAACAUAUUGGAGAUAUUCAAAGUCUCCCUUUCAACGAACAGCUUCAAGAUGCUAACUACAAUGUUAAUGAGAGAUUUGAAUCUGAUUCAAUGGGAGCAUCAAUGGGAGGAUUCAUGUCCUUAUUGAACUCAAUCCAUUCAUACCAAUUCUCAAAUGUCGAUUGAUAGCAAAAUCAUGUCGAAGCAAAAAGAAUUUUAUUUGGCAAUACAUUAAAGAGUUCAAUUAGCUGAUG